AUGGACAACCGUCAAACAGUCGUUAUAGCAGUGUCGGCAGUCUUCUUCGUUUUGGCUAGCAUCUUCGUGGGCCUUUACAUCAGCUCCUGUCUUUUUGUGGUGAAGAAAGUCAGGCUAGCCGAUUAUCUGAUGCUGCUAGCAUGGCUGAUUGAUCUUGGGAUGGCGGUUUCCCUGUUCUACGCAGUGGGAAAGGGCUUCGGGCUGCACGAACAUGAUAUCGAGUCACACAAUGAAGUUGCCCUCAACAAGGCAGCGUACGUAUUUGAAGUCCUUUAUGUAUGUAUCUAUCCUCCAACAUCUUCGAAAAUUCUGCCAGUUCCUUGGGAAGGCCGUACACUAAGAUCGAUGUGCUUGAAGGAUCCUACAUCCAUGGCCGCCAAGAACUCCGUUUUGGUAUUUUUUCUUGCCUUGACUCAUGGCAAGAAAACAUUCUUCUGGGCAAAUAUUGUUACACUGGUCGUUGUUAAUGCAGUUGGACUUGCUUUGACAAUGGACCAGAUCUUUCACUGUCAUCCAGUAUCGGCUGGCUUUAGGUUUGAAACUCUGGAAGAACAUUGUGCUGGUAUUUUCCCAUCAUUCCUCGGCUCCUCCCCUUACAACAUAGCCACCGAUGUUGCUAUCCUUCUGAUACCAAUUCCACUCUUGACUCGGAUGACACUCCCCCUCAGGCAAAAAUUGAUAUUGGUAGUCACAUUCGGUAUAGCCAUCCUAGUGAUUGUGGUGGAUGUCGUUCGUAUUGCGUUUCUUGAGAAUACUGCCAUAGCACAACUACAACGACAUCAUGGAACCAAUGUAGGGGAGGUUGGGAAUAGAGAUUAUACUUAUAAUGCUGCGUAUGCCUUCAUGUGGUCAAUUGUGGAGGUGAAUAUGACUAUAACCUGCGCAUGUGUUCCGACUCUCAAACCUCUCGCCGCUCGAGUCAGCCCUUUUCUUCUUGGAAAUGCCAAGGAAAUGUCUCAAGCAGAGGAAGGGGAAUCAAAGGAGUUUACGCAAGCCCCGGGCAGAGGUGAGAAUAUGGCCGGUGAGAUGAUGGAAGUAAUAACGUCUCAUCCGGAAGAAAGAACGGCCGAAGCUCGUGAUCCAUAUGCACACCAUGUGUCGUUCGUCAACGUACUAAAUAUGCGGCCAGCAUCCAUGCUGAGACUGAAUAACAGAGAGUCCCUGCCUCCUAAUAUACUAAUCACUACCCUCUUCUGCUUGUGGGGGUUUUCAUACGGACUUAUAAACGUCCUCAAUACCAGGUUCGGGGUGGUUGCGAAGCUCACCGAUUGGGAGUCUGAUGGACUCCAUGCAGCGUACUUUGGAGGGUAUCUGAUAGGGCCUUUUAUAGUGGGUCGUUACACAUUGAAAAGGCUAGGCUAUGCGGCUACAUUUAUUGUCGGCCUCUACAUUUAUGCUUGCGGGACGCUCCUAUUCUGGCCGUCUGCAGUGUUAGGAUCUGUGCCCACAUUCAUAGUGUCGAAUAUUGUGACCGGAGCUGGGCUUGGCCUGCUGGAGACAACAGCAAACUCAUUCAUCUCCAUGUGCGGACCGCUGGAAUAUUCCGAGAUCCGGCUAUGCGUCGCCCAAGGUUUCCAGGGUAUCGGAGGGACGGCGGCCUACGAACUUGCAGAGAGGGCCAUAUUCAAAAGUUCUAAUAAUGUUAUACAGGUAGUUCAUGCACAAUGGGCAUAUCUCGGCAUCUCGUUCUUUGAUGUGCUUCUCUCAGUUAUUUUCUAUUAUCUGCCAAUACCCGAAGCACCGGAUGAGGAUUUAAAGGAAUUGGCUGAUAGACGGCCGGAAAACAAGGCUACUGUUCUAGGAAUGCCGGUAUUUGGCGUCACGCUUGGAUUGGGUGUAUGGUCACAAUUUCUUUAUGUUGGAGGGCAAGAAGUACACAUUGUGGGUUUCUAUGAAUAUGUGACCGGUUCUAAACCCACUUCCCGUCUUUCUGCAUCUGAUCUCGAGGGUGUCGGCAAUGCGGUGUUUACGAUUGGCCGUUUCCUGUCAGCCUUGAUAAUCUGGCUGUUCUUAAAUCCCCGACGGACCCUUCUAGUCCUAUAUGUUUGCCUAAUUAUCUUCGGAGCUCUGUGCAUGCGCACAACAGGUUCGGUGGCUAUUACAAUGGCUAUCUUGGUUUUUCUUUUCGAGGGUGGGAUAUUUCCCAUCAUUUUUGCUAUUUCACUGCGAGGCACAGCCCAGCAUGCAAAAACGGCUUCUACUGUCUUGGCUGCGGCUAUUAGUGGCGGUGCAUUCUUCCUGUUUGCGCAGCAUGCUGCUAAACUGGCUCACAAUGUGGCGUAUGGGUACUCUAUUGUGGUUGCGCUCUGGAGUGCUGGAGCGAUAUUUCCAUUGUAUCUGAACUUGGUGCCUGCAGCAAAAAGACAGGUUGACCCAGUGGGAGGUGAAUUUAUUCAAGAGGAAUGA